CGUCCGGCCCCCUCCUCUGACGUCCCCGCCGCCGCCCUCCCUCCCCGCCCCUCCGGCGGCGGGAGAGCUGCUGGCGCGCCCGGAGCCCGGAGCUGCCUGGUGGCGGGCAGCGGGCCCCGCGGGGUAGGUGCGCUGCAGCGGGACUGAGCCCCGCGCGGGCGGCGGGCACCAUGGUGCUGUCGGUGCCCGUGAUCGCGCUGGGCGCCACGCUGGGCACGGCCACCAGCAUCCUCGCGCUGUGUGGGGUCACCUGCCUGUGCCGGCACAUGCACCCCAAGAAGGGGCUGCUGCAGCGUGACCGGGACCCCGACCCGGAGAAGGCAAGACCUGGCGUGCUCCGGCCAGCCCAACAGUUCAAUGUUAAAAAAUCCACGGAGCCCGUCCAGCCCCGAACCCUCCUCAGGUUCCCAGACAUCUACGGACCCAGGCCGGCUGUGACGGCCCCAGAAGUCAUCAACUAUGCAGACUACACGCUGAGGACCACGGAGGAGCCGGCCGUGUCUGCCAACCCCCCAGCCCUGAGUGACAGCCGCCUCAAGAGGCAGGUCACAGAGGAGCUGUUCAUCCUUCCUCAGAAUGGUGUGGUGGAGGAUGUCUGUGUCAUGGAGACCUGGAACCCAGAGAAGGCUGCCAGUUGGAACCAAGCCCCCAAACUCCACUACUGCCUGGAGUAUGACCAGCAGAAGGCAGAACUGUUUGUGACUCGGCUGGAAGCUGUGACCAGUGACCACGACGGAGGCUGUGACUGCUAUGUCCAAGGCAGUGUGGCAAACAGGACAGGCUCUGUGGAGGCCCAGACGGCUCUAAAGAAGCGGGAACUACACACCACCUGGGAGGAAGGUCUGCUGCUCCCCCUGGCCGAGGAGGAGCUCCCCACAGCGACCCUGACGCUCACCCUGAGGACCUGUGACCGCUUCUCCCGCCACAGUGUGGCUGGGGAGCUCCGCGUGGGCCUGGAUGGGGUCUCUGUGCCUCUGGGGGCUGCCCAAUGGGGUGAGCUGAAGACUUCAGUUAAGGAAUCUUCUGCAGGAACUGGAGAGGUCCUUCUCUCCAUCAGCUACCUCCCAGCUGCCAACCGCCUCCUGGUAGUGCUGAUUAAGGCCAAGAACCUCCAUUCUAACCAGUCCAAGGAGCUCCUGGGGAAAGAUGUCUCUGUCAAGGUGACUUUAAAGCACCAGGCUCGGAAGCUGAAGAAGAAGCAGACAAAGCGAGCCAAGCACAAGAUCAACCCCGUGUGGAACGAGAUGAUCAUGUUUGAGCUGCCCGAUGACCUGCUGCGGGCCUCCAGCGUGGAGCUGGAGGUGCUGGGGCAGGAGGAAGAAGGGCACCCCUGCACGCUGGGCCACUGCAGCCUGGGCCUGCACGCCUCGGGCUCCGAGCGCAGCCACUGGGAGGAGAUGCUCAAAAACCCACGCCGGCAGAUCGCCAUGUGGCAUCAGCUUCACCUGUAGCUGGCGCCCCGGGCCACCUCUCUUCGUGGGCACAGCCCCACCCCGUCAGCCCCGCCGUCUUCUGCGACCUCCUCUUUGUGUCCCAUCCUCAUGCUGACACCCAGAAGACAGACAUGUUUGCAAAGGCCAAGAUCCUGAUCCUCUCUCAUCACACUCCCAUUUCUAAAAAAUAAGCAAGGCAGGGAAGUGUGUGGACAUUUGGGUCACAAGGAGGAAUUCAUUUUGCUCGUCCGUGUCAUUGAAGAGACACAGCAAAUACAGCCCAUGUGCAGGUUUUGCAGGGGGGUGUCAGGACAGAUGCAGAGAAAGCUGAAUUUGGGGAAUAAUGGAUGCAAAGAAUGUGGCUUUUUAAAAAAGCAUUUCAAAAAUGAUGAAGGAAAUAAAAGUAUUCUGGAUCAACUCAUAGAAUUAGAGAUUGUCAGGGUGGGGUGAACUCUUAGCCAGGAUUAAAUCAAUCUCCCGACCCAAGGCAGCGACCCAGCGGUUCUCAAACCUUAGUGUGUGAAGAAACACCAGCAGAUUCCCGGGCCCCCUGUAGACAUUCCAAAUCAGUGGUCCUGGCUGGACCCCAGGAACCUGCCUUUUUAAAAAGCACUGAGUGGUUUUGAUGCAGAGGUUGGAGCACUGCACUUGGAGAAAUCCCUUCUACAACAUUCCAGACGGGUUUUUACAGUCCUUAUUGGGGCCACAAUACCCUGGGGCAGCCAGUUCCAACACUGGACAACUCAACCGUCAGUGUGAAAUUGGGGGGCCCUCUGUUUUUUAGUUGUUUUAAUUCUUAUUUUCAUUUGUGCUUUUCAGAUUCUGCUCUUGGAUCGAAUUUGUACUUUUUAUUGAAUAAGUUUAUCGUUUUAUCUCAAAAUCAGUUCUAUUAUACAUGGGGGGACUUUGCCUGACAACGUUUAGGUGGGAUCUCCUAUUAGUCAUUGGGCACUAGUUGUCACAUCCUCCAGCAUACCGAAGUGACCCUCUAUGACAGACCCAUCCCUUCUCAGCAUUCCCGCCACUCCCGGAGGAGCUUAGUUCGGGGCACAUGUUAAUUUAGUCUGUUACACCUGGUUAUGGGGAUGUGGAGAAGGAAGAUAACUUUAAACAGGAAAGAAAGACCUUGCAGAUGUGCCUCCCUCUUCAGUUUUCAGAGCCUAUCCGUUUAUAAUCAGUAAAUAACCAGCGACUAGGCUUAAAAUCCCUACCUUCUAAUUCGAAAUAGUUGUCCACAUCGUGAGUUAUAUGAUGAGCCUGGCUGAGUGGAUAUAAUAUUGGCCCAUAAACCAGGAUUCCUGGGUUCUGUUGUUGGCCAUCUGUAAGAGAGGGGUAAUGAAAUGGCAGCUCUAUGUGUGUGAAGGAUGUGAUAGAUAAAAUAGUGCUCCAAAGCUGUAGGUGUCCCCUGGAGACAAACAAAUGCCGAGGCCACCUGCUGAUCAUCGUUAAGCUUUACGUUGGCAGCUGACCAUGCCUGGAAAGUGCCACAACCAUCUCGGCCAUUUCCAGAACCAUGGAUUCUGCAUUUGGACACCUCAAGACUGGCAUCCAAACUCCGGGCCUUCCGAUGUCACUUCAGUCCCCUGAUCUAGACAAAAUAGGUAAGGGCUAUCCUGCAACCUUCAACAAGUCAAGCAUUCUUGGCCUCUCCCUGAGAAUCCGAGCAGGGAUCUUAUCGCCUUUAGUCAUUAUUUUCCUUUUCUGUACAGAAGUAGAAAAGCAUUAGAAAUAACUUCCAGUCACCCUCGGAAGAAACAAAAUAAAUAUUUAAUCUUUCUUUAAUGGGAAAGUCUUUCAGAUAAUUGGAAAUCUUGAUCACUAUGGUGGACCACCUCCUGCCAAGUUCUUUUCAGGCAAACCUUUGUUAGUGAGUUCCUAUAUCAUGUUUUAGAGACCGCCUCCCCCAUCACCAUUCUGGUUUUCCUGUUUUUGGUUGGCAUGACUAAAAGAGAACAAAACAUUCUCUGUGUAAGCUGACCAGUACUGCCUUCUUGGUAGCAUCUGCUACUCCAAUCUAGGAAAGUCUGGAUUCGAGACUUAAAAUCAGGAAACGUGGUCCCACUUCCUUAUACGUGUAUCUAUGUACCUGCCUUACCAUCACACCAAAGGAUGUUUGAGGUGGGUUGGCUAGGGUCUCUCAUCCCAGAAAUAUCAACUCUACCCACGGUCAUUCCACCACGAGGUAUUCAUUUCUUUGGAUCUCAAAGGUUUAGUUUUCCAGAAUCUCCAAACUAAAGGCCACCCCUGAUGAGAGUCAAAUGCCACCACAAAACAUCUUAGGUGUCAGCUAUCAUCUCACUUAGAAGGCAUGUCUAGAAAUGGGAUAGGUUUUGCAGGGGUUUUGUCUGUUUUGUUCUCUAGUGUAUUCCAAGCGCCUAGAAUAAAGCUGACUCAUGGGCCCACAAUAAAACAUUUGUUGAAUGAAUUAAUGAAUACAGGACAGACAAGGGAGUAGACAGAAAAGGACACUGCAAAUGAUAUAAAAAUCAGAGUACUAACUAAUUUCUGAGUGGAAAAAAUCUCAGUUGGCUUAGAAAUUCAUGGCACUGAGUCAUUCACCUAAUGACAAUUCGUAGCUCUCCGUAUAAAUGUAAUUAAUGAUAGAAGAGAAUAUAAUCACUGUGCUUUUCAAACUCCAUCUUGGUGAAUUUUAUAUUACCCAGAGAUAUCAGACUGCCAGAUCAAAAAACUUCCGUAAUCUCUGCGUCAGCUUACCUUGUACCAGAUACAGUUGCAAUUUACUACCAAAUUAGAGUAACUGAGUCUGUGUGUGUGCCUCUGAUCUUUUUGAAAGGAAUACCUUUACUUUGCUAGGGAGCAUCUUCUAAGAAGGGCAUGAGGCAGAGGUGAACAUAAAGUGAGAAACGAUCUCAGACUGGGCUGUUGCCCACGAGGUGAUCUGGUUUUUCACAGAUACAGUGAUGAGGAUAAAGAAUUGAAAGUCCACACUCAUUAAUCUGUGACUCCACUUCUUACAUCAAAUCAAUAUAUACUUGUUGAGUGCCUAUUGAGCAAGACCUUGCAUGCGUCUCUGCAUUUCUAAUUUGAGAUAUGACUCUUGGUGUGUUUUGAGUGACAAGUCACCCCAAGCGAUGCAAUGUAGAGAGCAAGAUGGAAGUACAGUUCUUCACAGGCACUUCCUUUGGGGUGUAAGGAGUCCUGGGUGGCAGGUGACUGCAGCCUAAGCCAAAUCGAGGUGAGGACCACGAAAAGAGAAAUCUAGUCCUUGUGAUUUGUUUCUGCUGCCCGUGUUUCUUAUUUUCAAUGCUAAGUGUGUGUUCGUUUUGCAAUUAUGAACUGAAGCACAAAAAGACGCAUGAGACAUUGUAGUCAUAUGUCUGGUGUCACACUUUGGAGCAAAAACCUUUCAGUGAUCAAUAAAUAGUUUCCAACUGGGUUAGCA